AUGGAGGUGGAGGAGGAGGAAAGACGCUCUCCACACGAUCAUGUGGAUCGGUGUGUUCCCGAGAGCUUCUUUGAUCGCGGAACUCUUGCGUUGCGCGGCUACCUCGAGCAUGAGCGGGACGGGCGUCUUCAACUGGCGGACACUGGCUCGAAGCAUCGAGCUGAGUUUGCUUUUGCUCAGUUUGAGAACGAGAGAGCUCUGACGUCUCUGCGUGACGAGCUAAGGGUAGCUCGUGGGAUUGUUGAUCGGUCACGGGAUGAGAUAUCUGCUCUUCAGACCCUUGUCGAUGCCCACCAUCGGGAGCACAAGGCUCUCUGCAAGAUGCUUGAGCGCAAGGGUAUUCUACAUCGAAAGAAGCAGCCAGAUACUCUGGUCAUGUUCCCGUCUCAACGACCGGAAGGAAAUAUAUGCCUGCACUGGUAUUCGUCGCAUGUCCGUUGUAAUGCCAACUUAACGAUGGCGAUGCAAUACACGAAAUGGGCCGAUGUACUUGGGUAG